AUGGCCGGUGAACUUAGUGCAAUUAGAAGUAGAAAACCAAUAGCACCAGACCGAUCACCCAAUUUUAUAACAGAGCACACUGAAUUUAUAGGUAAAGGAGUCAAGCCUAAUAACCCAAAAAGAAGUAGAAGCCGUAGCGGCAGUAGAAUUACACCAACAGUUUUAAGUUUAUCUGAUGAGCUUUUUUACGAAGAGUUAGAAGAUUACGUGAGCAAAAUGUCUGUAUCAAACACAACAAUGGAUGCUGGCACGGAAGAUGUUUGGAGCCAGCUACAACAGAAGGAGUCUGAUUUGCUGCUGGCAGCAGAACUAGGAAAGGCUCUGCUAGAGAAGAACGAGGAGCUAAAGAAGGAACAAGAACGUCUAACAGAGGAAUAUUCUAAGAAAUUAGAGGAAUUGGAGCAAGAGAAGCACCUUCUCCGACGACGACUGGACACAGAGCAGGGCGAGUAUGAGGCGAGGUUGUUGGAACUGCAGAAUGAUAUCAAGGAGCUGACUGCGAAAAUUGGCUCCAAAGAUACUUCAGUAAAACAGCGAGAUGAAGAGAAAGCCAGCCUGAUAGCUGAGUUAACAGCACAGAACUCCCGCCUCACAAUCCAGCUAAAGGAGUCGUCUGCUACGGAGGCGCAGCUUUUAGCGCAGCUGGAGGGACUCAAAGACCAAUGUUCUAUAAGGAAAACUGAUUUACAGGAUCAUGUCCAAAGCCUGGAAUCACUGAAAGCAGAACUAGCGCUAAUGAGUGAUAAGAGGUCUGACCUCGAAAGAAGACUCACCUCUUCCCUACGUGAUAAAGACAACCUCCACCAACAGUUAGAGGAGGCCAACGACAGGAUCGCGGCUUUGGAAAGGCAAUUGAAAGAACAGGAACAUCUGUAUCAAAACACCCUAAAAGAACUAGAACGUCUGCAAAGAUCGCAUGACACGUUAGCUGAGCGAGUUGGGGUGGACCCAGUAGAAACGACAGACACAGCUCGGUCCCUACACGCAGAGAUGGAGGCAGAGCCAGAAGAAGACGAGAACUGGUUGAGGAGUGAAGCUGUCCAGGUCUUCAAGCAGCUACGAUCCCUCGCUUUGCAACUCAAUACCGGGCAUGAUGAUGAUUCAGGCCUCCACUCUGACCUCUCAAUAUCAUCUCUCGAUGGGGACGAGGGGGAAACUCUACGUCGUGGCGCGCUAGCCGCCGCAUGCGCAGACGCAGUGGCCGCGUACGCCACGCUCGAGGGGUCAAGGGUCCGGGAUUCGAUAGCCGCGCAUGCACGUAGAGCUUUGGAGAGGGAGAGGCAGAUUGACGAGAAGAACGAAAUUAUCGCUGAUUUAUCGUCGAAGCUAUCAGUCGCAGAGGUAGAGCUUCGCGCUGCCGCUGAGGAGAGAGAUAAGUUACUCAAUGACGUCAACUAUAGUAGCUUGCAGCACGAUGAAGCCGUGACCAAGGCCAGGCAAGAGAGAGACGAGGCCAUUGAAAGGAAGAAAGCCGUUGAGGUGUCGUUGGCUAAGACCAGGGUGGAGUUGAUGCAGGCCAACAGUCAGCUGUACGAGGCGGUACGCCAGAAGAUCGAUCUUGGACAGCAACUUGAACAGUGGCAGAUGGAUAUGCAAGAGCUGAUCGAUGAGCAAAUGAAACGUAAGCUCACAACUCAAGAAAAGCGACGAAAGCUCCCAGAGCCGACGCCCCCGACAAGAACGUCCCGUUUAUUAGGAUUUUUUCAACGA